GGCGGAGCGAGCCCGGCGGCGGGGCGGUCGCGCAGUGUCCGGGAUCCCCAGGCCUGGAGGGGGCUCUGCGCGCGGCCGGCUGGCUCUGCUCCCUUGUCGGGUCCCGAGCGGGGCCUCCCUCGGGCCAGCUCGAUGUGACGGGGUCCCGCCGAGCCUGAGCGAGCAGCGGGUCCGUCGCGGAGCCGGAGGGCGGGAGGAACAUGACAUCCCGGAGAUGGUUUCACCCAAACAUCACUGGUGUGGAGGCAGAAAAUCUCCUGUUGACCAGAGGAGUCGAUGGCAGUUUUUUGGCCAGGCCCAGUAAAAGUAACCCUGGAGACUUCACUCUGUCCGUUAGAAGAAAUGGAGCUGUCACCCACAUCAAGAUUCAGAACACUGGUGACUACUACGACCUGUAUGGCGGGGAAAAGUUUGCCACCUUGGCUGAGCUGGUCCAGUAUUACAUGGAACACCAUGGGCAGUUGAAAGAGAAGAAUGGAGAUGUCAUUGAGCUCAAAUAUCCACUGAACUGUGCAGAUCCUACCUCUGAAAGGUGGUUCCAUGGUCACCUGUCUGGAAAAGAAGCAGAGAAGCUACUAACGGAGAAGGGGAAGCAUGGCAGCUUUCUUGUCCGGGAGAGCCAGAGCCACCCUGGCGACUUCGUUCUCUCAGUUCGCACAGGUGACGACAAAGGGGAGAGCAACGAUGGCAAGUCCAAAGUGACCCACGUCAUGAUCCGCUGUCAGGAGCUGAAAUAUGAUGUUGGUGGAGGAGAGCGGUUUGACUCUUUGACAGACCUGGUGGAGCAUUACAAGAAGAAUCCCAUGGUAGAAACGCUGGGUACAGUACUGCAGCUCAAGCAGCCCCUCAACACAACUCGUAUUAAUGCUGCUGAAAUUGAAAGCCGGGUUCGAGAGCUAAGCAAACUAGCUGAGACCACAGAUAAAGUCAAACAGGGCUUUUGGGAAGAAUUUGAGACACUACAACAACAGGAGUGCAAACUUCUCUACAGCCGCAAAGAAGGUCAGAGGCAAGAAAAUAAAAACAAAAACAGAUACAAAAACAUCCUACCCUUUGAUCAUACCAGGGUUGUCCUGCAUGAUGGGGAUCCUAAUGAGCCAGUUUCCGAUUACAUCAACGCAAAUAUCAUCAUGCCUGAAUUUGAAACCAAGUGCAACAAUUCAAAGCCCAAAAAGAGUUACAUUGCUACACAAGGCUGCCUGCAAAAUACGGUGAAUGACUUCUGGCGGAUGGUGUUCCAGGAGAACUCCCGAGUCAUUGUUAUGACCACAAAGGAGGUGGAAAGAGGAAAGAGCAAAUGUGUCAAGUACUGGCCUGAUGAGUAUGCACUCAAAGAAUAUGGAGUUAUGCGUGUUAGGAACGUCAAAGAAAGUGCUGCUCAUGACUACACCUUAAGAGAACUGAAACUCUCCAAGGUCGGACAAGCUCUACUCCAGGGGAAUACGGAGAGAACCGUCUGGCAAUACCACUUUCGGACCUGGCCGGACCAUGGUGUGCCCAGUGACCCCGGAGGCGUACUGGAUUUCCUGGAGGAGGUCCACCACAAGCAGGAGAGCAUCAUGGACGCAGGCCCUGUUGUGGUUCACUGCAGUGCUGGAAUUGGCCGGACAGGGACGUUCAUUGUGAUCGAUAUCCUUAUUGACAUCAUCAGAGAGAAAGGUGUUGACUGUGACAUUGACGUUCCCAAAACCAUUCAGAUGGUGAGGUCCCAGAGGUCAGGGAUGGUCCAGACAGAAGCACAGUACCGUUUCAUCUACAUGGCCGUCCAACAUUAUAUUGAAACGCUGCAGCGCAGAAUUGAGGAGGAGCAGAAAAGCAAGAGGAAAGGGCAUGAAUAUACCAAUAUUAAGUAUUCCCUCGCGGACCAGACAAGUGGUGAUCAGAGUCCCCUGCCGCCUUGCACCCCAACACCACCCUGUGCGGAAAUGAGGGAAGACAGCGCUAGAGUCUAUGAGAACGUGGGCCUGAUGCAGCAGCAGAAGAGCUUCAGAUGAGGAACCCCACCCACUUGCAGCACAGGACAGAUUCAAACUUUCACCCCUUCCCUAAAAAGGCCAAGAAUGGACGCGAGAAAGUUUACAGGAAGAAUGUAUUCAGACUGGGAAGGCUUGCACUGUGGUUGACUACCUUUUGAGAAGCAAAAUUUGAAACUUUUAAAGGCCACUGUGUUUGAAUUCGGCACUUCGUUUCCUCAGAUAAGAAGAAAUCUGCUCUAUGGUGUAGACAAUGUUAUUUUAUAGAAUUUGUUUUGAAUUGUGGAAACAGUUAAAUUGUGCUCUGUAUUUUACACAUUAUGGGAUUCAAAUUCUAAUUAUGGGUAGUUUUUUGUUUUUUUUUUUUAAAUAUAACUAAUUGAUUUGAUUUUUUUUCCCCCCCUCUUUGGGGAAUCAUGGGCCCCUUGUGAGAAGAAAUGAUUCAGGAAAAUGAGCAGCAGCACCCCUGAAGCCUGCAGUCUGUCAGCGCUGCCUGUCUGUGCUGUGCUGCUCAACAGUGUGCUGCACACGGGGUCCUUCUUACCACAGACACUGUUUAGUUCCAGGGGCUGGGAGUCCAGGCUAGAGGGACUGCCUGGUGAGGACCUGCACCUGGUGAGGGCCCUCUGGCUGUACCAUCACUGUUUGAGAGAGCAAGAGGGCUGGCCUUGUUUAUGCAGCAAACCCAUGACGGCAUCGUGAGUCAACGUCCUCAAGACUUAACAACCCUUAGAGGUCUCACUUCUCAACACCGUGGCAUUGGGAAGUACUCUCCUAGCAUAUGUGUACUGGGGACAUUGCAACACAGACUUAUCCAGUAAAGGACAAGCUUUUUUUUUUUUUUUCCUAAAUGGUCAUUCAACCAGUGUUUGAGACAGUCAUAAGUUGACUGUCUGCUUUGUCAUUCAAAAGUCAUGGUGAAAAAGCCAUGGGGAUUUAUGGCUGAGAAGCACUUUCCUCUUGCAGAUGACCCCUCCAUCCAGGUGUGGACAGAGAAAGAAGCCUGUGUUAUCUUUGUAUUGGAGUCACCAUCCUGUGUUUAGAAAGGUACCUGGGUGGGCAUCGUUUGGCUCUCACUGCUGGCCUUCCCCCUCAAUUCUUCAGUCUGAGCUGGGCUUGCAUGGGCUCUUCUGUGUGGGUCAUUUGGAAGGUUGGCAGGGUGGCUUCGGUCUCCAUGUGGUGUCUUCCAGGUCUUUUCUCCCAGGGGGUCUGUGUGUGACCUCACCAGCAGAGUGGCCAGGCUCCAUAUGUGACACCCAGGGGCUCAAAGGCAAAAGUGGCCAUACCUCUUUCAGACUCAGGCCUAGAACAGCUGUGGCUCCUUCAGUGGCUGCUUAUAGAAGGAAGUUGCAGGCCUGACUUAUGGAGUACAGUGGAGGUGCCAUAUACUGGGGCUACUGGUUUGAUAGGCUGCCCCAGGUAGUGUCAUGACAGCCAUGGAAGCAAGUGGCUCUAGUUAGCAAGGACCAAGGCUGCUUAUGGUAGCUGCUGUAAGCUGUGAGUCAGAUGAGAAAUGCACAGAAGGCCUUCUAGAAGCUUCUGAGCCAGUUUCGCCAGCACCACAAAUUUGCUGCACUGUCUUCACUUGGAGGACUGGUAUGGUGGGGGUGGAUGUGUUUGGGGACAGAGCAGGUAAAAGCUCUUUCCUGAAGCACCACAGAUUGGUGAAGAUGAUGCUUUUGUUGAGCCUUGAUCACAUGUGAGGAGUGGCGGUCCUGACCAGGCCUCCCAUCAGGUCCAGUCAGCCACUUCUGUUCUCACCAAACAGCAGGAUUUGCUAAUGUUCUGCCAUAAGUGCCUUCUCCAGAGACACCACUCUCCGCCUCAUGUGCUGAUCACUGAGAGUGUUUCUAUGAAAGCAUCCCGGGUGGACGCCUAUGACCAUGAUAAAAUGGCAUGAUCGCCUCACUCACUUUGCUUUGCCUCCUAAAAGGAAGCACUGGGCCCCCCACCCUGGCAGUCAUUCCUUUCUGAGGCCUUCCACUCCCUAAACCCUGAGGUAGUUGGGGGGAGCACAGUGGCUGCCAUUUCCACAGAGAGAAUGCAUGUUGAUUCUUCCCCCUUCUCCACUGAACUUAGAAUUGCUUCAGAGCACAGGGGGUCCUGGUGAUGUUAACCUUUUUAGGGGAAUGUAAUGACUACUGUAUUCUCGGCAAGCCUGUGAGGAGAGAUUCCAGUUCAGUAUUCACAUGAGGAUCCUGAAUCCUGUUCUGUAUUCUGCAUUAUCACAAUGAAUCGAUGGGGUUUGUGGUAAUGUUUGGACUCUGAGUUUUGGGGACAAAGUCUUUCACCAGUGUACAGAGAUUUGAUUGUUCAGAUGAAGCUGCUGCAUUAACAUCUCUGCCUAUAGGUUAAGGUCCUUGGCCAGCUGUGUUCAGUAUAACAUGUUGAUUGCCUUUGGAGCCCCUCCCGGAAGCCAGUUGUCCAAUAGGGGAAUUUAAUCUAAGACCAGAUUCGUAAGAGGCCCUAAGCCUCCCAGGUGAGGUGGAAGUGAUUUCAGGGAGUCAGGUGAGGGUACUCUGUGUGGUGGAGGCAGGUGCAGGGGCUGGGAAAAUGGGGUACUGGAGGUAUAUUUGAAACAGUGGAAAUGAAAGUUCCAGAGAGGUGGUUCAUGAGGAAGUCAGAGGGCCUAGGGCCAGAGCAGUCGGUGUGGACGAGUUAGGUUACCUGGAAAAGAGGCUUACCACAAAUGAUGCAGCCUACUUCUAUUGCUGGAUAUGAAGUAUGCACACAGUCCCCUCGCUGGCUGAGCCUUUUAAAAUGAGAAGCUGAGGGUUUUAUAUUUAGGGGAGACAUCAUCCAGGCACAGUAUUGGGAUUUUUUUAAUACCUUUUUUUAAAAAGUAAGAAGGCACCUCACACUCAGUAUAUGGCCCUCCUGAAAGGUCAUCUCUCCCAUUGGAGUUGGUGACUUUCUAAACAUGACUAAAAUAGGUGAAAUAAUACAUGUAGGGCUUUCUUUGUAUCUGCAUUCUUUAUAGAGCUCAGUGGCUUUGGAACAGCCAAGAAAAUGGUCAAAAUUAUUUUAGGGACUAUUUUACUGGGAUUUUUAAGAAUAUAAGUUUUUGUUUUUGUUUUUUUUCCUAUAUCAGGGGACUGUGGAAAUGUGAGCACUUGUGAAGUGUUUUGUUGUAGAUUAGUGAUCCUUAAGGGAAACUUAGACUACAGGCAAAAGUAUAAGUCCAGUGCAGGUUUUGUUCCUGUCCAUUGUCGGGGGAAUAAAGUUUUACACAGUAAGCACACGGCCUCCCUGAUUUUAAGACACCUUUCUUAAGGUCGUAAUUAGCCCUUAAUUUUGUUGAAGUCUUUUUUUCUCCUUAAAAAAGAAGUUUCCAAAUAUAGUUUAUUUAUCUUCCAUCACUAAAAACAUUGUUCCUUUUUCACUAUGGGCGGUUCACAUAAGGCAAAAACAUGGAAUAGUUGGUUUUAGUGUGUUGUUAACUUUGCUGUAUAUCAAACUAAUUUUUACAAGUUUUCAUCCUAAACCAAAUCAUGUGAUUAAUAAUUUGUCUGUUUAUUUAUGACCUAAUUGUGAUUCUUUUAUUAAUAAAAGCUAAUGGGAAAGGAUUCUUCAUGAA